CAAUUCAUUCACCAUUACAACACUCUCUGCAACACCAAAUAAUAAUAUAAAAAAGCUCCCAUCUCCAAACAAAACAAAAAAACCACCACCAUGGCUUGUAAUUGGUCCGCCGAGAACGCCACAAACGCCUUCCUGAAAACCCUGAAAAUGGUCAAAGAGCAGGGCCGUCAACGAUCCAAAGAGCCGGAAUCGGCCGAGUUCAUCUCCGCGCUAGCGGCAGGGAACAACUCCCAGCUCAUCGUCGUCGCCUCCGCCGCCCCCACCGCCGCCACGUCAUCCAUGCUCUCCGCCCUGGUGACGGCGGCCCACCAGACGGGCGGCCGGGUGGUCUGCAUCCACCGGGCCCAGCACGAGACGGAGCUGGCGAGGCGGGCCCUGGGCCCGCGGUCGCGGCAGGUGGGCUUCGUGACGGGGGAGGCCCACGAGCUGCUGCUUUCGGCCCACGCGGACUUCGUGCUCAUCGACUGCCACCUGGACAACCACGAGGGGAUCCUGGGGGCCGUCCAGCAGCAGGCUGGGAGUAACCAAAACGGCGCCGUUGUGGUGGGUUACAACGCGCUUGGGAGCGGGUCGUGGGGAUCUGCCGCCGGCGGGCGGUGGAGGACCCAGUUGCUGCCGAUCGGGGAAGGGCUGCUGGUGACCCGGAUGGCGCCGCCGGCGAGGAAUAAGAAGAGCCGGUGGGUGGUGAAGGUAGAUAAAUGUACCGGGGAGGAGCACGUGUUUAGGAUCCGAUCACCACAAGGGAAGAUUGGAGCCUAGAAAGACUGGCGCCAUUUAUUAAUUAGCAAGUUAAUUGCUCGUUGACAAAGUUUUGUUGGCCAAUGUAAGCUGUAAAUACUAGAAUAUAUUAUUAAGUAUUCGUUAGUCCAUGUGGAAAUGGGAUCUCUGGAAAAAAAAAAUCAGUUUGCAAGAUUUAAAUCUUUUUCGUCCCGUGUGCAAACCACUAGCAACUAGGGUUUUGAAGAACGUAAAAAUGUAUUGAUCACUUGUUCGCAAGGUUGUCAAAUCAGUUUUACUCGUCAAACUGUGUGAUUUGAAAUUUAAUGAUUUGAUCGAGAAUUUUUAAGGACUACAAUUUUUACUAGGAGAGAAUUUUCAAAAAAUGAAUUAUUUAUGGAUAUAAGGGGUUUUGGGAAUAACUUUACCUUCCUUUUCAGGAAUCCAAGUACAUUCCGAAAAUAUGUCUAUGAUAAAAAUUGUAGUCCUUAAAAAGUUAUGCGAAAUCAAAAAAAAUUUCAUGAUUUUCGGAUUGUGGAGCACAAAGUUAUGGUCGUUCAAAGUUUGACGAAAUCGAAAAAAGGCUCGUUCGGGGUAGCAAACGAUAUAUUUUCGAGACGAAGGCGGGACCAAAAUGCCUACGGCAAUUUGCGGCUUGCAAGAUCUCGAAAAAUUAUGCGGAAUCAAAAAAAAAUUCGCUACGAUCGGAUAACCGAGCACAAAGUUACGUUUGUUUAAAGUUUCGACGCAGGUCAGGCCUUCACCGCGGCCGUGUACUGCAAUCACUGUCUUCGUCGACAGCGGUGAUGCAAUCACUGUCUUUGUCGACAGCGGUGAUGGCCCAAACAUGCGUAGAUUGAGAAUUAUUAUAACAUGUGUAUUUUGAUAAUUUUUUUUAAAAACAUGUGUAACUUGAGAUUUUUUUCCUCUAAAUUCAGCCACACCCAGUUUCACAAUAAUAAAUCAUGCUUGCUCUAUGAUUUGCUUUGAUAAGCUAUGAUGUUGAUUAUGGUCAUUUCUGUCCCUUUACUCUCAUAACUUUCAAAUACUCACUGCUCACAAGUGUCAGACAACAGACUGUUUCUACAGCCUGGUUGCAGAGCCCAUUAAUGGACAUAUCAGUCAAUUCCAUUGAUGAUGAUGAUCAUGAUGGCAUGGCUUAAGAGGGCCUCAGUCACGGUCAGUUAGGCCCAGCUGAAAAUACCACUUUGUCAGUUUGGCCAAUGGUUGAGGAAGUUCAAAACUUCAAGUCUAACAUUAUCACUAUGUUUGGCAACAAGGGGGGUGCAAGUUCGAGGGGGUACAAGUUGAGGGGUAAAUUGUUGGGGGGUGCAACUUAGUGGAGGGGUAAAUUGUUGUUUGGAUGAAAAAAGUAGGGGGUGCAAAUAGAGUAAAAAGUAAGUAAUUAUAUUAUUAUAAAAUAGAUUUAUCAAUUUAUAAAAUAUUAUCACAAAAUAAUAACAUGAAAAUUCAAUAUAUAAUAAUAAAAAUAAUUAAUAAAAAUAAUUUUAAUAAAAAUAAUUAUUAUAUAAUAAUGCUCAAAUAUAAUUAUUUAUAACAACAAUAAUAAUCAUUGGUCGAGCAACCUCGAAACUCGAAAUCCAACUCGUAACUGGUCAUCCUAAGGGGGUUCUCGUGCCUAACUUUAAAUUGAAUAUGGUCAAACUUAGUCAAACACGUUCGAAUCUGUAAGUUUUAACUACUUAUUAAAGUAAAUCGAGUUAACUAAACUGUUCCUCUCUAUCUUUUCAACAAAUGCUUCUUAUCUCUAAUUUUCAAUGCAAAUUCGGGUCAACUAAGAGAUAUCGAUUUGACGAGGCGAACAUUGACAAACUUGCUCUCUUAGUCAAACGGUCAACCCCAAACAACUUCUACACUAAUAUAGAUAUAAGAAAAAAUUAAUAAUAUUAAUUAUUAUGUAAUUAUAAUCUAAUUAAAAAUUCAUAAUUCCCCUCCUCCUCCUUCCCCCUCCCUUCCUUCCUUUCCUUGCACCCCAAUUUGGGGGGUAAGCCGAAACAGUGAAUUUACUCUCACGUUUUGCACCCCCCUACUGUUACAAAAUAACCAAACGGGGGUAAACACUUUGGAACUUGUGUUUACCCCUCCAAACUUGCACCCCCUUCCAUUUGCACCCCUUCCCAAACAUAGUGUAUGUUUCCGAAGGAAGGGAGGAAAUGGAGGGGAGGUGAAAAAAAAAUUGGGAGGGGAGAUUUGGAAGUGAAGAGAAUUGGGAGGAAAAUGUUGUUUUAUGGAGGAAAGUGGGAAGGAAAGUGUGUAUUGAGAAGUGCGAGGAAUAUUUUAUUUUAUUGGUUAUUUAAUAGUAAAAUAAAGUAGAUGAUUUGAAUUUUUUUUGUUAAUUUAUUGUUAAAAAUCAAAAGUAAACGUGAAAAGAGCUUAAUCUAUUUUUUUGUGAAGCUAUGUUGCAAUUCAUGCAUUCAAAUUAAAAAAAAAACUAACACAAUAUCAUUUUUUAAAAAUACAUAGUUAUUUCCUAAAUCCAUAAUUCCCACGUUAAAAUAAGAACAAAAUUUUCACAAGAAAACGAAAAUGGAAAAAGGGAAUUAAAUACUCAUUUCCAUCUCCAUUAAUAGAGACUAGCUUAAAAGAGAAAAAAAUAUUGAAAAGUGUGAUCAAUAUGUUAUUUUAUUAGUAAUGUAAGAGUAACUAUGUUUAAAAUAUAUUUUGUAUUAAAAAUUAUGUAGAAGUGGAUAUAAUGAAGACCUAUUUCUCCAUGACUUUGAUCAUAACCAUUUUCAUUAUUUUUAGCGGAACAUGUCUCGUUCAUUUUAACUUGAUUAAUAUUUUCCCCAUAAAAGUUGGAUUACAUUUGUUGUACAAGAUAACAUCCGUUCUAUAAAUAUCACACUCUAAUGUUGUUUUACUAGAAACGUACCACACUUUUAUGUCUCGCGUAAUAAUUUUAUAUAUCACGUAAACAACAUUAUUCGUGAUGUAAAUCAAUGUUGUGUUUGGUUCAGAGGUAUGUUCGAUAUAUUUUCACCGCGGUUUCACUAUAAAAUUUUCUACCGCAAACUUUUUCGAUACAACAUUCGAUAAGCUUUCACAAUUUCUAAAAAAAAUUUGAUAGUUUACAUAGGUAAAGAGGUUGGGUUCUUUUUAUGGGACGGUAAAGAAAUUGGAUUUAAUUACAACUCAUGAUUAUAUUUAGUUAUUUACACUUAGCCAUAAUUAUCUUCUAAAAAUCCUUCCACCCUUACCUUAAAAAAAUAAAUAAUUGCCAACUUAUUUAAUCAAUUACAUAAAAGGGUAUUAAACCCCCAUAAAUUGGAUGCAGAUGAUGGGACAGAUGAUGGGAGGCUUUCUCUCCCUUUUCUCUCCGAAACCAAGGGUAGGGUUGCACAGUAAUUUUUCUUUUCACUCUUUCCCUCCUAACACUUUUCCUUCCUUCCCAAACAGAGGAAAGUUUAUUGGUUCCCUCAUUUUCCAGCCUAACUUUCCCUUUCCUUUCUUUUCUCUCCUUCUAGAACAGAGUGUAAGGUUCGUUUGCUUGUUGGAUUUGAAAAUGAGGGUUUUGAGUUUUCAAAACCUUUGGAUUUAUAAUGAAUUUGUUGCAUUAUGGAUUUGGAAGAGUACAUUGUUUGUGAUGUUUAUUUUUGUCAUAGAUUCAUGAUGGAUUUGUUCACAUUUUGCCUUCCAUUAUCAAAUGCCAAAUGAAAUGUGGGAUUUGCAAAUCUGUGGGGUCCACGGAUUUUGAUCUAAAAAACGGGUCCAAAUCCGUGGGCCCACUGAUUUGUGUCCCUUAGCAAAUAAUGGACUUGUGCCAAUUCCAUUAUGCUUGGAAUUUGGGUACCAAAUCCAUCACCCAAAUCCCACAAGCAAACGAUACCUAAGAUUACUGGUUGUAAAGAACAAAAGGUUGGCAUUAUGGAUUUAUGGUGGGUCUAAUUUGUGCUUGUUAAUAGACAUUCUAAUUAGGAUUGGUAAUCAAACCCACAAUCGCAUACUCAACCAUCUCGAUUCAAUCAAUUUGGGAAAUUCUCGCAUUGGAAAUGGGAUUAGUAUGGUAUAACUCGUAAAAGUUUUGAUGAUGAUGAUGAUAGGGUGUGUAUGGUUUUAUACUUCAUCGUCUUAUACACAUACUCAUAUCCGACCCAUUAAAAGUAAUUUUUAAGUAUAUAAGGGGUCGUUUGGAAGUUGCGAUAGUUUUGUUGAGAUUGUCAUUAUGCAUGUAUUGUUUACAAUGCAUCAUUUUUUUUAGCAGAAACAAUACAUGGAUUGUUUGUGUGAUGUGACAGAAACUAUCACUCAUUUUGAGUGAUUGUUAUAUCUCAACUUUUAGUUGUGAUUGUUGAGAUUGUUUUGUCUCAGUUUUUAGCUGAUGCGACAUACACAAUCACACAUACCAAAUGUUGUAUUCUUAAAAUGCAUCAAAUUCGACAAUACAUGUAUAAUAUUAUA